AUGGCACCUCAAAGCAGCCAGUGCCAUUCUCAAAUCACCGGCCUUUCAAUCUCUGACUUCGACGAUGGAGACAGUAUGAAAGAGCUCACUACCAAUUUUCGCCGCACCAGUGUCCCGGGUCUGGAAUGCAGCCAGUCUACCGAUGCAAUAUAUGGGAUUUCCCCAACCUUAUUUGACUUUUUAGGAAUGGUCAAUGUUUUAGCCAAUCAUCGCAGUAAACGGGUUGAUGAGCUAUCUGAAAUCGGCUUCCGGACUGCAUCAACACUCGUAGAGACGCGAAUUGAUGAAUGGCGAUCGGAGCGCGAUCAUAUGGAACAACAACAACCUGAUACAGAAUUUGCCACAACUGCAUUUGAGUGGGCAAUUCGUUUACGUUUGCACCAGGUCGUAGAAGGCUAUGACCCGUUACAUGAAUUUGUAGAAAGGGCCAUAGCCACGAUUCUCGAAUCUGUGCAAAAUAUACCUUAUGCCAGUCGAGUGGAAGGAUGUCUUCUCUUUCCUCUCGUCAUUGCUGGAUCGUCCAGUGUCGACAUUGAACGGCGGAUGAUAGUCAAGGAGCGACUGAUGGUUAUGGAAAAUACCUUGGGAUUCAAUCAUAUUCAAUAUGCACGACAGCUCUUGGAGGCUGUUUGGGAUGGAGCGACUUGUUCAUCCGAUCUGAAUUGGGCAGCUGUACGAUAUAGUCAGUUUCCAGGCGUGGUAUUCGUUUAA